GGUGUGUCAAACUUGGAUACAUGAAUCCGUAUUUUGUAUGAUAUCAAAUUACAGAUUUACCAUCAGACUAGCACUCUUCACCUGGAUCCCAUUUUUGGAUUAUUGCACUUUUUAUUUUUUGCUAUGGGAAUUGUAUUUGCCAACCUAGGUCCAUGAAAGACUGGAAUUUACUUCAAGAAAUAUGAGCACAUCAAUAGACAUGCCUGCCGAAGAUGAAUCAGGAAAAAUAAGCAAAGCGGAAAAUGUUGAGCCUUUAAGAAAUCAGUUGACAGCAGAAGGAGAAGACAUAGAUGCAUUUGAGAACAAUUGCAUGAAGGAAGCUUUGUUUGCUACACAGAGGUCAAAGCCCAAACUUGUGUCUGCUCAGGCUGUACUCUCAUCCAGACUAGAACCAGAGACUAUUCAAAAGGAACUGUUUGUAACAGCAUCAGAAAAGCCAGCGGACUGGAAGCCUAACAGUUUGCAGAACUGGUCUGAAACCAACAAUGGAGAAAAAGAGAAAGACAGAAAAAAAGAAACUACAAAACACAUUGCUGAUGAAGGGGGUUCCUUUUCUGGUGAAGUGUCCAGAAAGUAUAUGUGGCGAGCUGGACAGAGGGAAAGAUGGAGAGGGAUGAGAAGAGAGAGGCUGGAGGGUAGCGCAGAGGAAGAGGCCAACAUUAGUGCAAAGGAAAUGAAUCGAGGAAUUAGAUUGAGGCACCAACAAAGGCAGUGGAGAUCUAAGGAUACACAAGAUGAGGAGUCAGAAAAGGAUGUAACAAGGCUGAGAGGGGCAGAGCAAGGAAAUAUCAACGGGGACGCAGAGAUGAGAGAACCGGUCCCUCACCGCAUAUUCUCAAAGGUUUUCGCCACCUCUUUUGCCUCAUCAUCCUCCUCUUCAUCCUCAUCCUUCAACUACUCCUCAGCAGAAAGUGAUGAGGUCUUCAGUGAGGGAGAGGAGAUGGUGAAAAGGAAAGACGUGAGAAGGUGUCGAUCCUGGAGGACGUUUCUGACUAUGAUGCAGUGGUCGAAGCGCAGGCAAAGUUCCUGGGUACAGCUAGCUGGACACCAAGGUAACAUCCAGCUGGGUGAAGGUGGGGAGGUGCUGAAGAGAUUCAACGAGGUGGAAGAUACCUGCCUGCGGGCACUCAUGUCUGAUCCACUUCAUCAGUUCGUGCCUCGCUAUUAUGGGAACAUCAGCAGGAACGGAGAGAACUAUAUCCGUCUUGAGGACCUGCUGAGCGGUCUCAAGCAGCCUGUCAUUAUGGAUUGCAAAAUGGGAAUUCGCACCUUUCAGGAGGAGGAGAUUGUUAAGGCAAGAACCAAAGCUAGCAUCCGAACUGAUAUGUACCAGAAGAUGGUGAAAGUAGAUCCUACAGCUCCUACAGAGGAAGAACAUACACAGAGGGGUGUGACAAAGCUGCGCUACAUGCAGUGGCGAGACAACACAAGUAGCACAUCAACGUUAGGAUUCCGCAUUGAAGGCAUAAUGACAGAAAAUGGGAUUGUGCUACGGGAUUUUAAUAAAACUCAGAGCAAAGCGCAAGUUACAGAAACCCUGCUAUUAUUUACCAAGAGGCAGGCACACAUUCUAGAAGCCUAUGUGUCCAGACUGGAUGCGCUGAAAGAGACAUUAAAGGAGUCUGCCUUUUUCCAAAGUCAUGAGGUAAUAGGUGGCUCUCUUCUUUUCGUCCACGAUCGACCUACCAACAAAGCCAACAUAUGGAUGAUUGAUUUUGGGAAGACCACACCAGUGCCCAGUAACAUGCAUUUGAAGCAUGAUGUUCCAUGGGUUGAGGGAAACCGUGAAGAUGGUUACCUAUUAGGGCUGGCAUCCCUCAUCUCUCUUCUGCAUAUUGCUAUAACUGAGGUUAGGGGACAAGAUUUGGAGACCCACCAAUCACAGACAGAACAUGUAUUGUCAGAACUUACUCAAAACCAACCUCUGACAAAUGAGGCAACAACAGACUUUUAAACGGAGCCUACAACCACGAAUCAUAUGGACUGAUGCUGGAUAAAGUAAUUGCUAAUAUCCUGUACUGUUUAUAUGUAGAUGUACUGUAUAUAAUAUACAACAUAUUCAUU